AUGGAGUCACCAUCUGAGGAGAAGAGAAGGAACCAUGUCAUCACUAUAGACCCAGAGGAAACUGUCUUGACUGCCUAUCCAUAUAGACCUCAUAGCUCUCUGCUGGAAUUCCUUAGGGGGGAGCCAAAACUUUUAGGGGCUAUCCAGAUUCUCCUUUCUCUAGUCAUUUUAGGCUUUGGAAUUAUAUUAGCACUUAAUUUCAUCUUUUCAUCCAAAAAAUUUCCUCUCGUGGUCCUCACAGGAUAUCCAUUCUGGGGAGCAGUUAUUUUUUUUCUGACAGGAUUUGUCACAAUGUUCCAUGAUAAACGAAGACAAAUUCCGAAGCAAGCCGUCACAACCUUGAAUGUCCUCAGCUUGGUGGCUGCAUUAUCUGGGAUUGCUUUGAUCCUCUUCAGUUUUACACAGCAGCACAAAUACUGUCAGGCACCCUCCCUUGAAGGACCAUGUGUUGUGGGCAGAACACUUCUCCUUGGAAUUUUGUCAGUCUUAUUAAUCAUCACCAUAGUAGAGUUCAGCAUCUCUGUGACUAUUGUAUCCUUAAGAAGCAGAUGCUGGACCAGUCCAAGAGAGGCUGUGUUCUUCUUUCCUUCAGAAGGUCCUCAAAAUACUGAACAUCCUGCCCCAGAAGAAAACAAUACAUUACAAUUUGAGUUUCAAGAAAAACCUUCCAAGGAUAAUAGAGCUUCAAGCAUAAAAAGUGUUUUCUUAGGAGGUUAUGCUUUCUUCAAGUUAAGAGUCUCAAGAAAUCCUUCAGCUCCCCAAACUAUACCACAGAAAAGUGAUAAAGGUACAUCUUCUAUGCAUGUUCCAGAGGAACAGGAGGCUAUUCCUCCACUCUCCCCAGAGCAAGAAACCAAACUGAAUGCUCUACCUCCCCCAUUAACACCACACUCUUCAGAAAUUACUCCUUCUCAGAAAGACUCUAGAACUGAUCACCUGAAUGAUGAGGACCUAUCAUCUAUUAUACAUCAAACUUCUGAUAUGCAAUCCAAUUUGCUUGACUAUGAAAAUGCAUCAGUCAAAAAUCUUAAAACUCCAUCUUCACAUAAUUUCCUCCAUUUUUCACCUGAAAAUUUGUCAUCCCAAUCAUUAAUGGCAUCUCUGUCAACACAAGUCUUACAAUCUAAACAGCCAUCAUUCCAUAUUUCACAGUCUUAUGAUCUGAUAUCUGAAGAUUUUCUUUCUGAAAACGUACCAUUUCAAGACAACCAAUCCCAAGACAUCCCUUCUCAAUAUACCCCAUCCCAAGACAUACAAUUCCAAGAUAUACUUGCUCAAGACAUAUUCCAAGAGAUUCAAUUCCAAGAGACUCCCUACCAAGAUACACUAGCCCAAGACAUACUAUCUCAAGAGACUCUACCUCAAGAGACUCCAUACCAAGGGACUCCAUACCAAGAGCUAUCAUACCAAGAUUUACUAACUAAAGAUAUAUUACCCCAAGAGACUCACUAUCAAUAUAUACUAACAAAAGAAAUACCAUUCCAGGCAACUCCAUUACAAGAGAAUCUAUCCAAAGGGACUCUGUCCCAAGGGACUCCAUCUCAAUGGACUCUAUCCAAAGGGACUCCAUCCCAAGGGACUUCACCCAAGGGGACUCCAUCUCAAGGGUCUCCAUUCCAAGGGACUCCAUCCCAAGGGACUCUAUCUCAAGAGACUCCAUACCAAGAGACUCCAUCUGAAGCGACUCCAUACCAAGAGACUCCAUCUGAAAGUACUCCAUACCAAGGGACUCCCUCUCAAGGAACGCCACCCCAAGGGACUCCCUCUCAAGGGACUCCACCACAAGGGACUCCAUCUGAAGGGACUCCAUACCAAGGGACUCCAUCUGAAGGGACUCCAUUUGAAGGGACUCCAUACCAAGGGACUCCAUCUCAAGGAACUCCACCCCAAGGGACUCCAUCUGAAGGGACUCCAUACCAAGGGACUCCAUCUCAAGGGACUCCAUCUGAAGGGACUCCAUACCAAGGGACUCCAUCUCAAGGGACUCCACCCCAAGGGACUCCAUCUCAAGGGACUCCACCCCAAGGGACUCCAUCUGAUGGGACUCCACCCCAAGGGACUCCAUCUGGAGGGACUCCACCCCAAGGGACUCCAUCUGAUGGGACUCCACCCCGAGGGACUCCAUCUCAAGGGACUCCACUCCAAGGGACUCCACCCCAAGAGCUAUCAUUCCAAGAUAUACUAACUAAAGACACAUCAUCUCAAGAGACUCCAUACCAAGAAACUCCAUUCCAAGAUACACUAACUCAAAAUACACCAUCCCAAGACAUCCAAUACGAAGAGACUCCGUUACAAGAGAUUAUCCUCCAAGAUACUCCAUUCCAAAAUACUCCAUCCCAGAAUAUACAAUAUCAAGACAUACUAUCUCAAGAGAAAUUAUCCCAAAGUUCACAAACCCAAAAUACAGUACCUCAAGACAUGCCAUUCUCAGAUCUUCAAGUUCAAAUCCAGCAAUAUCCAGAAGUAUUUUAUAGGGACAUCCGAACGGAAGUCAUGGAGCUGACUCAAGAAUGGAAGUCUAAUCAGGGCAAGAAACCCACAAGAAGACUUUCCUUAUCCUUGCCAGGCAAACAUGGGCAAUUCUAUCCCAAGAGAUAUUCUGUGGACCUUCAAGUCAAAACUGAGAAACCAAGGAGAUAUUCUGAGGACUUACAAAGUAAAACUACAAGACGGAAAUCCAUAGAUCAGCAAAUCAAAGCCUGGAUAUCCCCAAAGAAAAGUACCACAGGAAAACAAGAUGCAUUUACCCAAACCACAGAGCAAUUCCCACAUCAGCAAGCUGAAGAUCAACAAGCUGAGGACCAGAAAACUGAUGAUCAGCAGGCCAAAGAGGAGGUCCCAGUACAACAAUCCCAAGAUGAGCAAAUCAAAGACCAAAAAUCUGUAGAGGAGAUAAUGCCAGAACAACAUCUUAGUGACAGAAAGGAUGAAGAUAAGCAGUCUGAUGAAGAGCAACCUCCAGAAGAACAAGCUCAAGUUCAACCAGAGGAAGACCAGCAUCCCAAAGAGCAGAAAGUCCCAAAGACCCAGCUCCAAAAUUGGCAAGGAGGACAACAAGUCCUAGUAAAGAGAGCCUCAAUGAAGUUGUGUGAUAAUUGGGAAUCCCAAAGCUUUCACACAGAAAGGUCAUGUUCAUUUUGGUCAACUCCAUCCUGGCAGCCUAUUAGCCAGAGAUCCCAAGACUGGAUAAGUCAAGGUUGGAGAAACAAAGAUUGGAAAGCACAAGAAUGGCAGUUUGAAGUGCAGCCUUCCCUAGACUGGGAAUCCCAAGAGCUAUUAGAGAGAGAAUCCUUAAGACAAAGGGCGCUAUACCAACAAAUCCAACCCCGCACCACCAUUGUUCAUCACACCCCAGAUCAUCAAUUGCAAAACUUUAUAUUUCAAGUAGGCCUGUGUCAAGGUAGUAGGCAACAAGACUCUGAAUCUGGUGUUCUAAUAGAAGAUGUAUAUGAAGAUGAUGUUCAAUCAAGAGACAGAGAACCAGGAGAUACAGAAGAUACCUGCCAGAAACCAAUAAACCAGCAGCCAGAAGACAUGAGGCCAGAUAAUUACCCUGUUUCUUGUCAGAGCCUGGUUCCAUACACAUAUGUAACCUGUUUAUCCAACAUAGCUUCAGAGCAAGAGGUACAGAACAAUACACCUUGCUCAGGUUCAUCCAAAGAUCUAAAUGCCACGUCUUCCUCAUCAUAUCAAAGAGAUCAACAGCAAUCUGAAGAUUCAGACUAACAUGCACAUCUAACCAAAAACCACAGAUAUCCAG